AUGUCGCGUUCCUUCCUCGUCGAUUCGCUCAUCGUCAAGGACCCACUGCGCCCCGGCCGCUCCCCACUGGACAGCCUCCACCACCACCACCACCAUCAUCAGCAGCAGCAGCAGCACCACCUGCACCACCAUCACCACCACCAGCACCACACCAGCAGCAUGCUGCCACCGCUCCACUUCGACAUGCACGGCGCGCACUCCCCGCCCGGCUUGAGCCCCAGCCACAUGCGCAAAACUCUCCCCCCACCACCACCACCUCCGCAACUUCCGACUACAACAGCAUCGCCCUUCGCCGAGAGGGUGCCGGCCCCCUACUGCGGCGGGCAGCAGCCGCAAGGACCUUGCGUGCCGCCCAACCCAUCGCACGGCCUCUGCGCGCCCGCCUACGCGAUGCCGGGACCCGGGUUCCAUCACUGCCUUCCGCUCGGCGCCGAUGGUGGCGGAGUUCUGAGCAGCAGCAGCAGCAGCAAGCGUAUGCGCACGGCGUUCACGAGCACGCAGCUCCUGGAGCUCGAGAGAGAAUUCUCCUCCAACCGAUACCUGUCGCGCCUGCGACGCAUCGAGAUCGCCACGUACCUGAACCUCUCCGAGAAGCAGGUCAAGAUCUGGUUCCAGAACCGGCGCGUCAAGCACAAGAAGGAAGGGAAGGCGAUUGGCGGCGGCGGUGGUGGAGGAGGUGGAGGUGGA